UAUUUAAGGCCAGUCGCCAAAUGAGCAGUAAGCACAGCGCGCGGUGGCAUCUAGCAAGAACGCAGAAUUUAAGCUGGCCUGCGCACAGGGAACGACACAACGGAAGGAUGCGCAUCUUCGCUGUCGUCUGGAUCACUGGUUUCCUCAUGAAGGAGGCGCAAGCCUGGGGCUUCAGGAAUGGGAUAUUUCAUAACUCAAUUUGGCUUGAGCAAGCAGCUGGGGUCUACCACAGGGAAUCACGCAAAGGGAGAUAUCAACUGACUUACAUGGAGGCCAAGGCUGUGUGCAAGUAUGAAGGAGGAAAAUUGGCCACUUAUGAGCAACUGGAAGCUGCACGCCAAAUAGGCUUUCACGUAUGUGCCGCAGGAUGGUUUGAUAAAGGACGUGUUGGCUAUCCCAUUGUCAAAGCUGGCGUCAACUGUGGCUUUGGGAAAGUUGGUAUCGUUGACUAUGGCUACAGGCUGAACAAGAGUGAGAGGUGGGACGUGUAUUGCUACAACCCAGACACAAAGGAGUGUGGUGGGGUUCUGACAGAUCAACAGAAGAUCAUACAGUCCCCUGGUUACCCUAACGAAUAUCAGGAUGAGCAGAUUUGCUACUGGCACAUUCGUGUGCGAUACGGCCAGAGAAUCCGCCUCCACUUCCUGGAGUUUGACAUAGAGGAUGACAUGUCCUGCCUGGCUGACCACCUGGAGAUCUUUGACAGCUAUGAUGACAUCUUUGGCUUUGCCGGAAGGUUCUGUGGUGAUUAUUUACCAGAUGACAUAAUUAGCACAGGAAACGUCAUGACACUGAAGUUUCUCUCUGAUGCAUCUGUGACUGCAGGAGGCUUCCAGCUCCAGUACACAGCCUUUAACGCAUCUAUGCUUUCAGAGAACAACACUGAUUAUUACACUUGACCAAUGACAUAUUGGAGUCAAUGUACUGUAUGUUGUUGUAGUCGUUAGCCAUGUAAUUAAUGAGUAUUUGAAGUUUGAAGAAAUAGUUCUGUAUUAAAUCCAUAACAUUAAAUACGCCAUAAUCAUG